GGUCAGUGAUGCGGAAACUGGCAGCUGCUCUGUUCCAUGGGUGUAGAGCAGGCCUCUUGGACACGGUUGUGGCCAUGCUGGAGGCCGGAGUGUCCUCUAACACUGAGGACCCAGAAGGUGUGAGUCCUCUGAUGGUUGCUGCUGCUAGACAUGGCCAUCAUAGUAUCAUCCAACUCCUGUUUACCUGGGAAUCCAGUGUCCACUAUCUGGGAGGUCCCCUUGGAAACACGGCCUUGCAUGAAGCGGCUUCUCAGGGUUUCCUGGAGUGCUGUCGCCUACUGGUGGGGGCAGGGGCUGACGUGAAUGUGAGGAAUGCCCAGGAGGACACUGCGUUGAUUCUAGCGGCUCACAGCGGGAACAUCCAGGUAGUCAGACACCUCCUGUCCCAUGGAGCAUCGGUUAGGUACCGGGGCCAUCACGACAGAACAGCCCUUCACGUCGCCGCAGAAAAUGGCCAUGUCAACUGCUGUAAGCUUUUCAUCAUGGCAGAAGCAGACAUUGAGGCUGAUGACGCAUUUGGUCACACACCUUUGAUUAGCGCUGCGGAAAAAGGCUUUGUGGAGCCAACAAGAGUCCUGUUGACACAGGGGGCAGACGUAAAUAAUGUGUGCCACAGUGCUGCAACAGCUUUGCAUUUUGCCUCACAGCAUGGUAAUACAGAAUGCUGUAAACUUUUGUUGAAUUCUGGUGCAGAGAUUGAUGCUCAAGACAUCCGGCGUUACACCCCUUUGAUGAUGGCGUCCAUGAAUGGCCACUCGGAUACAGUCAGCCUCUUGGUGGAGUUUAAGUCGAAUGUUAACAUGGCUGCCUAUAAUCGGCGCACUGCGUUGCACCUGGCAGCAGAGCGAGGAAAACUCACAUGUUCAAGUCUUCUUCUAGAGGCAGACUCCCAGAUUGAUGCUCAAGACUCUAAUCUGUGUACGCCUGUUCAUUUGGCGGCAUCUCGUGGCCAUGCAGAUGUGCUGCAGUUUUUGAUUGAAAGUGGAUCUGAUCUGAACAGAACCACAACAAAUGGCAACUCACUGUUACACAUGGCUGCAACCGGAGGUAAUGUCCACUGCUGCAAAAUGGUGAUAGGCAAAGGGUUUGGCCUAGAUAUUCAGAACAACGAUGGUGACACACCUUUAAUUGCAGCCGUGAGUAAUAAGCAGAGUCAGGUGGUUCAGUUCCUAUUGGAAUCUGGCUGUGAUGUGAACGCACGAGGUCAGCACGGGAUGACGGCCCUGAAUGAGGCAGUGUUCCAUCACUACGGCAGCUGCCAGAUUGUUAAGCUACUACUGGACAACGGCGCUGAUCCCGAUAUCCCAGAUGAUGUCAACACGUCACCUCUUUGGUUCGCCGUUGAUUCUGGGAACCCACAGGUGAUAAAACUUCUACUCCAGUCAAAUGCUGAUCUUGGACAGCGUUCGUCAUUGUCGGAGAGUUGUGGGCCUUGUAAUGCCUUGGAGCACUCAGCUCACAAACAGAACCGUGCGGUUCUAGAGGCUCUGGUGAGAAUUUACAACCAGAGUGCCGUGAACAUGAUGAAAACCUUGCAUAGCUCACCCCAGUUGCUUUCACCACAGUAUUCACCGCUAGUCCGGGAUCUCGUUCACUCUGUCGCUUUCUCCACCAGCCUUCUGACGGACAUGUGUAGAGAGUCCAUCAGGAAAUCUCUUGGAAAAGGUGGACAGAUAAAUCAGAAAAUACAAGAACUCACAUUGCCAAAAUCUCUUCUUAAAUUUCUCCUUUUGGAAGAUUUAGAUGUGGAGUAACUUAUGGAAUACACAUGAUACAUGAAGAUGGUUUAAUGGUUUCUUGUAUUUGAAGUUUAGCUUCUCAAGUUUUUAAAUUUUCCCCUUUUGCAUUUACAUUAACUGUAUUGCAUGUCUGAAUCCUGUUGCAAGAAUGCUGGGUUAGAAGAAUAAGAAUACUGGACUACAAAAAGGCUGAUUGCAAGAGGGCUGGAGUACAAGAAAUCUGGAGUACAAAACGGCUGAAUUUCAAGAGGGCUGGGGUACAAGAAGACUGGAGUACAAGCUGGACUGCAUGAGGGCUAGUGUACAAGACAGCUGUGUUCAGCUACCAUAUAAACUAUAAUGUAACAUCGGCCAGUAUUUGUCUGCUCUAUGAAUAUCUCUUACUGUGGCAUUCAGAUUGUACUUCUUCAGAGAGGAAGAUGAUACACUCUAUGCGAAAAUAUUUAUCCUUCUAUAAUUUAUUAUGUUAUUAUACAUGUAGUAGCAUUUUUAUUUGCUUGUACAUUUGAAGUUAAUGUAGGUUUUUUUUAUGAAAAUGUUUGUUUUUAAAUCUUAAGCAAUCUCCUGGAAUGCAUUGCUUUCUUUAUUUUGGUGAUAGACUCUUUUCUUCAACAUAGGUUAAUAUCUAACCCUAUUUUCUGGUUUGUUUGUCUUUUCGUAUGUUGUUCUUUUUUUUUGUUUUUGUUUUUUUAUUGUCUACACAAACUGUUCUGUGAUGCUAUGUUUGUGUUGUGAUUUUAUGAUAAUUCUGUUAAGUCUUUUGAUCUCAAGAUGUUAAAUGUCUAGAACAAGAUGUUAAACGUCUAGAACAUGAUUCAGAAACAGCAGAUGGUAAAGGCAUAAACAUGAAGCCAUCAUUAUGGCUGUAAGACAAAAUAUUAGUGGGUACUGUUUUCUGGAAAACAGGAAUUGAUUAUUGAUUGUUCAGGCAUUAAUGUGUAUUUCAAUAGUCACCAGGGGUGACCAUAAAAAGAAUUUCACAUCUCUGGUUUCGAUAUAAGUUUUAAACAAAAAUAGAUAUGCAUGGCCUGACAUAUUUAUAUAUUUACACCGUACAAGUAAUUUGAUGACUUGAAAAAUGAAACAGUUAAAUAAUUUCAUUGUUUAUAAUAGUGUCUUGCAAUACCAUUCUUAUGACCUCAUUAAUUUUUUUCACAAAUACACAUACAUAUACACUGGCCUGUGGUAGAGUGUCUGCUUUGGGUGGCGGUACAUCCAGGGUCAAUCCUGGGUCGUGCCACACCUACGACUUUAAAAAAGGAUGUUUUAACUUCUUCACUUGGGCGUUCAGCAUGAAGGGCAUAGUGCAACGACUGGUUGACCCAUAUCAGUAUAAUGGCUCUGACCGGGUGGCUUACUUGCCUUCAGUAAGUCGUCUCAGUGCGGCAGCACUACAUAAGAGAGGUGGAAGUCCGUCCUGCAACAAGAAAGCACAUUACAUGCACUCCUUCGUCGUCAAAUGACUGAAAACUUGUUAAGUACAAUGUUAAACACCAAGCACUCACUGACUCCAAUACAUUUACAAAUUUUAACUUAGCCUAAUACCUUAAACAUGUAUGAAGUAGGUAUACUGAGGCCAAUUUUUGUUAUGAACAUGUAAGAUUUGACUUACGCCUGUAAACAAAGUUAAUAGGGUGGGAAUGUAUAAAUUUUUUACUGAAUUAGUCAAAGAAUGUAAAUCAGUAUUUGAUCAGAUAAUCUUGGAACUGGCAGAAAACAAUGUUGACCUAAUUUCUAUGAAAUUCUAAUUGCGAUGAUUGAUCUUGAGCGUAUAUGGCUUUUGUGGUUUUAUAAAGUGAGGAUCACUUUUCUUUUCUAAUUUCUUCAUCUUUUCACAUAUUAAAGGGAAAGUGUUAAGAUAAUUUUUAUGUCAUAUUUACAUGUAUUUCAUUGUAAAGAUAAAACAGUAUUGGCUGGGUAUAAGGUGGAUGCGCCAUUUUCUGGGCUUGGUGAAAGGAAAUAAAUCAUAAGUAAAUGGGUGUUAAAUAUAGUCAUUAAAACAUCUUCUUAGCUUAUCAGUUUCUGAUAACAGAAAUUGCUUUAAUUCUUAUUAGUGGAUAUGUCACCAAAUAUGAGUUUCAGGUGUGGAUAAUUUUAUAACAUAAUUAUUCAAGUCGGAUUAGUGUGUUAUCUUUAGUGUGAAUUAAUAACUAUAAUGUAAACCUAAAAUUUCAUGGAAUUUUUCAACAGUGAUCAUCAUGUUGUAUUAAGCUAGUGAAAAAUGCUGUGAAAUGUUAUGCGAUUUACCAUGAAUACUGAUAACUUUACGUGGUUUUUCACAAACUGAUAUCACUCGUCUGUACCACAGUUCAUGCAAUAAGCUGAUUAGUUCAUGACAGAUUCCAUGAAACCAUGGGUGAUUUGUUGAUGGUAUUUGUUGAUUCAAAUUUUGUUAAUUUCGAAUAUAAAAAGUGGUACAAACCUAGGAUAUUGAAAUAGUCUCCAUAUAUUCCUCCUCACAAUACACACCACUGAUUAAGUCACUGUUCUUUAUAAUUUCCAAUAAGUGUUAAUUUGUAGUUAAUAUAUAUACUAACCGCUGGUCAUACAGAACAUUGACAAGAAUUCUGUUGUGAAAUUGUGUCAAAAUCCACAUAAGUACAUGCUGGGAUUAAGAUAGUCUAUCUUAAUCCCAGGUACAUGGUAGAAUCCUCAGAAGAAAGCCACUGGUUUGCAAAUAAUUCAAUUGUGUACAGGCAUCUUUGUGGAAGGUAUUUUGAACUUACAGCAUAAACUGUCAUAGACUAUAUGAUUCAUUUCUACUUUUGUACAUGUUUGUUUUAGAAGAAAGUAUAUAUUUUGUAACAUAUUGAUGUUUUCUGUGACUGAUCUUUUAAUACUAAUGGCGUAAGUUCACACAGGUCUGCAUCACUGUCUAUUACUGUAUAUACCUCUAUAUAAGCCUUCUGAGUAUGCAUGGACAACUUUCGGGUAUCACCAGACGUAUAUACUAAUUACACUGCUAAGGACUCUUUCGCCUUCACUCCAACUUUACCACAACAGUAUUAAUCUUUUUUCAGUAUGUACAUGUACGUAUAUUUUAUGUACAUUUUGCACGGGUGAGGAGGGCUGGGAGGAUUUUUGUACAUGUUAUAUCAAGCAUUUCGUACAAGUGCAGCCUUUACCACUCCGUAUAAAUACAUGUACCAUGCAUGUACGUGCGGGAGCAAACUCAUGCAGAUGCAAGGGCAAUCUCUAGCUUCAAUACGAAUACACGUAUAACACAUGCAAGUCCUAACCUUUUAUUUUCAAUCUUAUGGAUUCAGAGACGUACUGUGUCCUCUUAAAGCUGAAUUUUUAUGUAUGACUGUAUUGAUGUUAAAUCCAACAUUCUGGCAGUGGUGGAGGAGGGAAAACGUUAAUAAUGGAAGGUUAACACUCCAUAAAGUGUUAGAAAUUUAACACUUCACAAAACGAUUGUAGUUGUUGUAAUUUAACACUAUGUUAGGUCAAAUUAACAGUUUUCAGUGUUGUGUUCCGCAUUAUAAAUAAUGAAAGCUUUGUGGUCUAUUAAACACCGUGUACCUGCAACCUGCAAACAAUGAUCAGGCUGCGUAGCAUGUUAAAAUGUGGCACUCGUACUUAACAGCAUUUAACAUGAGCUAUGAUUCUUCAACCUUUUCGUAUGUUUGCAAGGUGUUUAUUUAAGCAUAUUCUGAAAGCAUUAUUCUGUAUAGAUUGAUAAAGUUAUACUUUUGGUGAAGCUCUGAAAUUGACCCAACAAACCAAUGUUUUUUGUUUCCAAACUCAAAUUAAAUUGCACUAAAAGUUGCUAUUUUAUAUACGAAAAGGUUGGGGAAUUAAGGUACUAUUAUUUUAACACUUAUAUAGAAAAUGUCGACACUUUAACAUUUGCACUUUAAGAGAGUGGAUUAAAGUUUAAAAUCUUUGUUAUAAUUAACAUUUUGUCAGUGCGAAGGAUCCAUUACAUGAUUAAGCUCAUUCAUGUUCCAUAGAUCCUCCUUGGUAUAAAGGUUACCAUAAUAUUUUCCGAUUUGGUAUAUUGAAAGUGUAUGCCAUUUAAUAUAUAGGACACACACUUCUUCAUGCACUGAAGUUGAUGAAUAUAUAUGCCACUCUUAAUUCAUAACACGUAAAUAUUUGCCUCAAGCACAAAGCUGUGUGCAUUGGCUGAGUUGAGCCACGAAGUCCCCAGUGUAUGAAUGUUUCCGAUAGCUUUGCCAGUGAACCUCCGAACCAAUUAACCACGUAUGCAAUGUUACGUGUCUUUUACAUGUCUGCUAAGCUAUAUUUAAGUACGCCGUGUUGAGUGAAGCAUGGCUUUCACCCACGUAUACUUUGCCACGCCCAUGACCAGCUUACAAGGAAUUUGUACGCGUAUAUAGCUAUGGUAUCGCUAUAUACUCUGGUUUAUUGUAUAAUCUGGAAUGUACCUAAUGCUUGGGGGUAAAUUGUACACUUACCAAACCCCGUGGAGAGUGCAAUGUAACCGUUUUGAUUACAUGUAUAAUAAGUAUUUCGGCAGUUUUAGCUUUCAGAUCUCAGAUACCUGAAUAAUUGAUGUGUUGUUUAUCCUGUUGUGUCAAGCUAAAAACUUAAUAUAAAUUACACCAGGAAGCACAGUCAGGACAAUCGUACAGCAGAGAUUAAGAACCUAUCCAGAAAACCACCUAAAAAACAACGAAGACUUGAUUCAGUUUGUUAGUGGUAGAUAUAUCGUGUACGAAAAAACUGAAAAUCUGUGUGCCCAUUUAAGGUAUAGCCACAGAUCCACGAGUAAACUGCACAGAAAAGAUUCACAUCUUAGAUGCAGAAGGACAUCACAGUGUACACUUAUUAAAUGGUUCAAAAUAUGUGCCCAGUUUAUAGGAAAACCUUGUUUUAUUCCAGA